AUGGAAGAGCAAAAUCAAAAUCAUCAAGAAUCAAGUGCCAUUCCACAAGAGAAUGUAGAAACACCCGCUGAACAAGCACCUGUUCAAAAAGCAGAAAUUAUACCAGAACAGCCUCCAAAGCAAAAGGUGAAGCAACCGAUGACAGAAAAACAACGGGCAGCAUUGGAGAAGGCGCAAAAAGCACGUGCUGAACAAUUGCGUCUAAUGCAAGCAAAACGUGAAGAGGAAAGGAAAGAGCAAGAGAAGCAGCGUAAAAUCGAUGAGGCCAAAUGCAUCCUUGAAGAGGAGAAGGAACAGAAGUGA